AGUAAAGUUGUGAACGUGACGGGGGAUUGUUGUCAAUUUCGAUACAAUCACAUCUGAUUUGUUUGAAAACAUUUUACGGCAUCAGACUUAAAUUAUGAUGGACGUUACAUUAUGAACCGUUAGUGAUGUGUGUAGAUUGAGUGUUAAAGACUUGUAAAUACAUAUAUCACAAUGGGUUACGAGUCGGUGUUUUUAAGUAUUGUUUUGGGUCUGAUAUGCCUUGCGGAGGCGGGAAUGAUUGGUGACCAGUGCGACUGGACCGGCAGCGGGUUGUCAUCGAGCGACGAGCGGGGCGUCACGCCGGUAUACCUGAGGUGUCGGGAGGGGUCUGUGUCGUGGCUGUACCCGCGUGGAGCUCUCAGACUGCUCUUCAAGCCGCCGCUACCUACUGGAGAGAAAGACUUCAAAGUCUGCGUCCGAGUGAUCCGCAGACCAGACCCACCAGAUCUGUUUUAUUCGCUUAAUCAGAAUAAUACAGAAGUCGCUGAACGUUUCCCGGCACGUAUCUUCGUGGAAGGUGUCCGCCGUCUAGUUCCUCUCUACGCGCCUGAUGACGGUGAUGUACGGGAACUGAGAUGUUUCCGCAGCAGACACGGUCAGGCUGCAUUAUACGUGGAAGCUGAACCCGAGGAAGGACCAAGAAGAAGGGUUGCCACAUUCAGAUACGAGGCCAGAUCGUUGGAAAGGCGGCACUACGACCCCGCCGCCGCGGACUGCCGGCCCUGUUCAGAAGCUGAGCUAGAACUGGCCUUCUGCACCAGCGAUCUCGUAUCUCGCGCUGUGAUGGUUGGAAGUGAGCGUGUCUCGUUUCUGGAUUCAACACAACUCACUUGGCGUCUCACGAAGCUGGUGCGGGCGACCGCCCCCGACAUACGAACGGACGCACAAACAGAUGACCUCAAUGACUACUAUAGAUAUGAUAUAGACAAUGUCGAAAACAGUAUUGAACCAACACGAACACGCACCCGUCGGCGAGCACGCACUCGCGGACGCGUCCGCACGAGCGCGCACACACACACGCACGCACACACGCAGGUGCCGGACGCGUGUGGUGCGGCCACGGGGGAGGGGGAGUUCGUCGUGAUGGCGAGGAGGCGACUCGGGCGACUCACGCUCGUGUGCGCGCCGAGACUGGAACAGUGGAUGAAACUCGUACGCGACAGGAGAAAGGACGGAACCUCGCACUGCUCCUUGAAAUAUUGACGGACGCUACAAAUGACACGGCUGUUCGGGUUCUAGACGUGUUAAUAUACACUGGUGCAGAACUAACCCUGUAAAGAUCACCUCUUCAUAUUGCAACUUCGACUCAUAUGAAGCUGAUAUUUUAUUAGUAUUUUUAAAUAUAUGGCUUAAAUCAUUCUAUCUGAGGAAAAUACUGUCAAUGUCAACUAUUAGGAUUUCUAUUGUGUCAAUGUCAACGCUUCUUUGAUUGUUUUAGUUGUCAAUGUACAUUUGACAUUUGACAUACGUCAUCAAUGUCAAAUUUGCUAUUGUUUUUUUUUAAUUCUAUGUCUUCAUUCGCACUGGGAUAGUUGAAUAUUUUGCCAAUGUCAAUGGAUUAAGAAAAUUAUUUUUGAUUAUUGUGUACAGCUGACGUCACUUCUACAAUUCCCUGACAGCCUGAUGAAGUGUAAUAAAAUGUAAGAACCAUAGUUCUCUUGUAUAUUGUAAGCUUGCCAUAUAGUGUGUAAAGAUAAUGUAAUAUAAAAGGUUUAUAUAUUUAUAUAAAUACAAUAUUAAUAGGUAAAUGUUAGUGUAUAGAAAAAUGUGGUCCGGAGUGCCAAAAUCUUUAAGAUCUUUUAUAUUAGGUCGUAAGGUUGAUCUCAACUGUGUACAUACAUAAUGUUUAAUGCCAUAUAUAACUGUCUCAUAGCUACGUCGAGUUCAGAAGCGUUCCAGUAUUCGCGUCUUCCUUAGAUUGUAAAUAAAUAAAAAAAAAUUAUACGUAAAAAAAUAUAAAAGAAUAUAUCUUUAUUAUAUCCGAAUGCUUGAUCUUCCGUAAAUAAUAUGUUAUAUGUAAAAAGCCCUAUUAUACAGAUGAAAAUUACAAGUAAUAUAUUAUAUUGAUUGUUUAAUAUUUAGUGAAUAAUUUUAUAUGUAAUAUAUAUAAGAUCUUUAUUGUCGAUAUGUGAUAUAGAUUAACAACGAGAGUAGCCACGAUGUAUAUACGAAUGUUAAAUGAAUUUUAGUUUAGAGUGGAGAUAACAGAACUGUGGAAAGAAAUAAAACAACUACAAAACA